AUGAGUGCGUGUUCUGUGCUUUUUUUGCUACGGACACUUAUUUACAUUCAACGACCAUUUUCUCAUCAAGGAUGUGGAGAUAUUCAUAAUGCAGACGUAUGUGUUUUACUGGGUUAUGCUAUUCCGGAAAUUGUGCCCUGUGCACUCUUUUUGGUGCUCAUGUGGGAAGUGGAACCUACACUUGAGAUUCCAUCGAGAAGAAGCUUGAGUUUUAACAAUGGGAGAGUCACGUCUGAGACAACACCGCUGCUGGAACAGGAUGUGAUGCCGCGACCAUUGUUGAUUGCGACCAAGAACCGAGUCAAUCAAGUUGGCGGUGCGACGACAACUCAAGGUGGAAUUCUUCCAACUUCGCCAGUGGGUGGGUAUUUCAUGAUCGGGCGACGUCCCAGUUCACUGUCGCUGGGUCUUGGAAACGGCGUACUCGAUCGUGCAAGACGACAAUUGGAGUUGGUCGUGCGCCAGCAUUUGGGUGGAGGAAACAAAGAACAGCAACCAGGUGACAAGAAUGAAUUUGCAAGCAACGCGUUUGGUUCACCCGGCGAGUACGAGAGACAAACAAAACAGCUAAUUAUCUACGAUGAUGACUCGAGACGACUGGUUUCGCCUCCUACCUGCGCGUGGUUGUCCUUUCAGUGCUUCAAUUUGACGCUGCCAUCAAAGUCGUCGGUAAGGGCCUCAUCGUUUGUAGUGUUACAUUUGAUGGAUGCCGAAACAGGCGCAAUGGUAGCUGAAAUUGGCCGAACCGAAAUUUCGCAUUCAGAAGACCCGUGUUUUCAUAUAAUGCUGGCCGUGGAAAUGCGCCAGCAGGAUCUACUUCGCGCCUCGGUCUACUCGGUUCGUAAUCCGAACUCGCUAAAAGAUUUGAAUAAUCAGUGGCUUGUUGGUAACCCGCUAGUGCCGGUAUCAUUAUUUAUGACUGAUGCAGUACCCGCUAUUGGAUGUGCAUCCAUUUUCCCGUUAUACUCUCCCCUCUCUCGGACGCGAUCUUCGGGUGAACUCGUUGUCCGCUGCGAAGCAGAGGUGAAAGGGUUACACACAGGGAUGUCUGACGGUGGGCUUGAACGCAUCACUCGGUCAUUUAUGUAUAUUGGGGUCGAGGGCACCGACACUGAGCAUGCCUCGCCUCGCGAUGACUCGGCGUACUCCGAGGUGGCUCAGGAGAUGUACAAUCUUGCAUCCACUUCUCGACGCGGUCAAGGCAAAAUGCUGGUUGAAGAAGAGCUCAUUGAGAGUGUGUAUACGUGGGAGGUACCCUAUCAACUUCUUCAGUUGAUACUAUCGGAUUUGCUGUUAAAACUUGAUUUAUUGAAGCGCGAGAUUGCGCUUGAAGACGGUGAUGACAGCUGUUCAUCAACUCCGUCAAGCCAGCUUUCGACUCCUGGUGUUGGCAACUAUGCACUGCCGAUAGUGAUCUCUUCAUCUCCAAGGGCACUUAGUGUAGUGCAAGAAACCGAAACCGAACACACGACAGAGUUAUGGGAGUCUUUCCGAUCGGCCGCGUCCGGAAUGAGCUCCCCAUUUACACUAGAAAAUCGAUUUAGACCAGCCACCAGCAUCGGAAUGCUUUCUGAGAUGAUCAUUCAAAUCCAAGAUGAUGUCAUUGAACGGAAAAAGCGCAAGUGGCGUCUGGAGCUUAUUAAGACUGUAGAGCAAUACAUCUCGGAGGUUGAGGACUCAAUAUUGCGCUACGGGGCCACACAACACGCCGGGCUUACUUUCAAGCCAAGCACGAUGAAAGCAGACGCAGAUCUACGCUUUCUGGCGUUAAAUCUUCAUCAGCAAUUGAUGACGGUAGGCAAUGCAGCCCCGACAUCCGAAAUGGACGUUCAAUUUGGUGAUCAAGCUAGCGCAGCCCGCUAUGCUCGUCUUGUGAACACGUUUAUUGGGACGCUUAUGUUAUCGUCACCUUUGCACUUGUCUAGACAGUCGAGCAUGCAAGGACCGCAGAGUGACCUCGAUUCUGUGCAAUUCAUAGACGACAAUGCAAGUGACAUAAAAGAUGCCCCAUCCUCCUCGCCGGAAGAACCACCACUUGAACCUGUUGAUGCGCUACGUCGUCGUGUGAUUUCGUUUGAUUCUGCGGAGACUAUUGUCAACAAGGGAGCUUCGGAUCAGUGUGUUGCAGUUCCUUCUGAACAGCGGAAGCUGGCUGAAACUAUUGUAGCGAUGGGAAUCACCGAAGAGGAAAUCCAAAGCAUUUACGAGUUAGACGAAAAUGUUGGUGUAUCAGAUGCAAUGGAUAUUGUAGCCGCUAUAAUGUCAGGCUGCUCAGAUGAUGAAAUGAAGCAUGCAGUGCCAAGCAGUGGAUGUUUCUCGUCAUCGCAGGAUUCAACGUCUGGUAAGGAGAUGCAGAAAGCGUCUAUGAAUAUUGAUACGAGUGCUAGUGGGCAUGAUCCGUUUGAUAAGCACCGAAUGUACGGCACCACGACGGUAGGAGCCUUUGCAGCGCAUGUCUACGGGUUUAAGAGCGGUGGUGUGCGUCAGAUGCGUGAAGAGUUAGAAAGACUUCAUACGCGUUUGGUGAAAGCAGCGGAGGCGAGUUCCGAUCUCACAAUGGAUGCGUUGGAGCGCAAGUACAACGAGCUAAAAUGGGAUGUCGAGCGCCGACUUGAGGUGGCGUUCUGUCAGGCAAUGAGCGCGCUAGUCACGUGCUUCCAGCAAACACUUUACGUGCAUACGCACGACAAUCGGGAUUUUGGUCCCUAUCCACUAAAGGCCUGCGGCGUUGACUAUCUCGAAAUGCUUACGAGGGUUGGUUUCUUGUUCUCUGUGGAAAGCUUGCUGUCAACAUACGGCAAUGAAUUAGGAAUGCUAGGUGAUACGGAAGCAGCCGUUAAGGAGCUCGGACGGGUGUGCAUAAAGUUGCGACCUGUCAAGUCUCCUCGUGCUGCGGCUUUCCGCGUUUCUAUCACCUCAGGGCCAUCAGGCAUCGUGAUCGAGCUUCCAAUUAUCACACGUCGUGCGAGUGAGUUUCCCGAUGGAAGUAUGCACCGAGUUCCAGGACAGGACGCAGUAUCUGGGGCCAUUUAUCUGUCACUAUCGACUCCAGAGCAGAGAAUUCGCGCGAAAUUUUUAUUUCAGAAGCCCAUUCGAGUGGUGCCUGUAAUUUUUUCGCAGGGACUGAAUGAAAUGCAGACAGUUGCAAACACUGUCGGCAUUGACUCGCUACAGAAAGAGAUCAAUGCGGAGAAUGUGGUCGAGUUGGAGGCAUACGUUAAUAACUUUGCUAAUUGGGUCUCUAAGAAACAGCUCCGCGAUAAAACGUCAACUCCCAUCUAUGACAUUAAAGAACUCGAUCUGAUCCAGACAUCGUUAGCAGCGCUAAAGUCCAACAUCCAACUUUCUGGGCGGUCCAAGCGCAUGGCGAUUUUGAGUUUGUCGUCAUCCAUUGCUCGUUCCGUGGGGGGCGGCCGUGUGACGAUGUGCAAAUCGGCCAAAGAUCGGACGUCCAUGUCGAUAACGCUCGAGGAAGCGAACCUGCUGGUACGCUCACAUGGUCUUCUCGCUGACGAUGUUGAAGCAUUCACGAAUUUGCUUCGUACUUAUGGUGUUCGUCGUGAGAAUGCGCGUAAGAAUAUCGGCAAAGCGCAGUAUUGCUUCAGUGCGCUACAGAACUAUAUGCUGCCGCAAGACUAUCAGUGUCCGCCAGGCACAGGAGGCGGCAGUCGGGCGUAUUCGUAG